GCCUGGAUGCUGAACAUGGCCGCGGCUGAGAUCUCCAUCACCCCUGAGCCUGCCCAGCCCGCGGAGGGAGACAAUGUCACGCUGGUGGUCCGCGGGCUCUCGGGGGAACUGCUUGCCUACAAUUGGUACGCAGGGCCCACGCUCAGCCUGACCUUCCUGGUGGCCAGUUACAUUGUCAGCACUGGCGACGAGACCCCCGGACCGGCCCACACAGGGCGGGAAGCUGUGCGCCCCGAUGGCAGCCUUGCUAUCCGUGGGGCCCUGCCUGGACACACAGGCACCUACAUCAUACAGACCCUUAACAGGCAGUUUCAGACGGAGGUGGGCUACGGACACGUGCAGGUCUAUGAGAUCCUGGCCCCUCCCACGGUCAUGGCCAACGGUACUGCGCUGGUGGAGCGCAGGGACACCCUUCGCCUCGUGUGCAGCAGCCCCAGCCCGGCUGAGGUCCGCUGGUUCUUCAACGGUGACGCUCUGCCUGUUGCUGUCCGCCUGGGCCUGUCCCCCGAUGGCAGGAUGCUGACCCGUCAUGGCAUCCGCAGGGAGGAGGCGGGCGCCUACCAGUGUGAGGUGUGGAACCCGGUCAGCGUCAGCCGCAGCGAGCCCCUGAACCUGACUGUCUACUUCGGUCCUGAACGUGUGGCUAUUCUCCAAGAUUCCACCACCCGGACGGGCUGCACCAUUAAAGUGGACUUCAACACGUCCCUUACCCUGUGGUGCGUGUCCCGAUCCUGCCCUGAGCCAGAAUAUGUGUGGGCCUUUAACGGGAAGGCCUUGAAGAAUGGUCAGGAUCACCUAAACAUCAGCAGCAUGACUGUGGCCCAUGAGGGCACAUACACGUGCAUUGCUAAGAACUCCAAGACCCUGCUGUCCGGGUCCGCCUCCGUGGUGGUCAAGCUGUCUGCCGCAGUUGUGGCCAUGAUGAUUGUGCCUGUACCGACUAAACCAACGGAGGGCCAGGACGUGACCCUGACCGUCCAGGGCUACCCCAAGGACCUGCUAGUCUAUGCCUGGUACCGUGGACCGGCCUCAGAGCCCAACCGACUGCUCAGCCAGCUGCCGUCGGGGAACUGGAUCGCUGGCCCAGCGCACACGGGCCGGGAGGUGGGCUUCGCCAAUUGCUCGCUGCUGGUGCAAAAGCUGAACCUCACGGACGCCGGACGCUACACUCUCAAGACCGUCACACUGCAGGGCAAGACCGACACAUUGGAGGUGGAGCUACAGGUGGCCCGUGAGUGAGCAGCAUGGGGCGGGGGGAGACACAGACCCAGAGGUGGCCUCCUCCUCCCUCACAAACCUGCGGGACAUGGCAUGUGCCUCUCCCAUCUGACCAGACUGUCCCCAUGUGGCACUUGCUUUACCUCUCAAACGAUGACGUCCACCAAGGGUAGAGGGGCCUCCAGCAGACCGAGGCCUCCUUGUUCAAAUAAGGUAUACACCAGAUGGAAGGCUAUAAAUUGGGGUGUUGUGUGAGGGUGGGCAUCUUUUCUCCUCAGGUGAGUGGAAACUAAACCACGGAGAUCCAGCCUCUCCCACCACACUGGGGAGUUGGGGUGAAUGCAGGCUUUUUCCUCCCCCAUGAGACAUGGUGUGAGGGCAAGAAGUUUCCAUCUUCAGACACCACACCUCCCCCAACCCGAAAUGCAUGACAUGCACUAGGAUGCAGACUGCUAGGUGUGUCUCCUCCAUCAGACAGGGUUCUCUGUUGGGAACGACCUCUCCCACAUCAGGCUGGGGGUUCCCACAGUAGAGAACCACGCCUCUUUCAUCAGACUUAAAAUGUCUCCUCCAUCAGACUGGGAACUCCCAGAGCCAGAGACCAUGCCUCCUCCAUCAGACUGGGAGCUCCCAAAGUCAGGAACAGCAUCUCCUGCAUCACAUCAGAAACUCCCAGAGCCAGAGACCAUGCCUCCUCCAUCAGACUGGGAGCUCCCAAAGUCAGGAACAGCAUCUCCUGCAUCACAUCAGAAACUCCCAGAGUCAGGGACCAUGUGUCCUCCAUCAGACUGGGAGCUCCCAGAGGACAGCAUCUCCUCCAUCAGACCUGGGACUCCCAGAGUCAGGGACAGCGUCUCCUCCAUCAGACCUGGGACUCCCAGAGUCAGGGACAGUGUCUCCUCCAUCAGACUGGGAGUUCCCAGAGUCAAAGGCCAUAUUUUCUCCAUCAGAGUUAGGGACUGUGUCUCCUCCAUCAGACUGGGAACUCCCAGAGUCAGGGACCAUGUCUCCUCCAUCAGACUGGGAACUCCCAGAGUCAGGAACCAUGUCUCCUCCAUCAGACUGGGAGUUCCCAGAGUCAGGAACCAUGUCUCCUCCAUCAGACUGGGAGCUUCCAGAAUCAAAGGCCGUAUUUCCUCCAUCAGAGUCAGGGACCUUUUCUCCUCCAACAGACUG